UCGCGUUGCGCAUGCGUACUGAAACAAAUCAUGUCAACCCGCAGAAAUGAAACUGUUCCUCUGAAGUCAACCUGAUCAUGUGCUGAACGAGCAGUUUAGGGAUCUCUGGAGUGUCACGUGGGAGCUUGUUAAACAGCAAAACAACAACAACAACAACAACAUGUUUGGUAAGAAGAAGAGAGCACCGCAGCCCAGAGGCCAGGGCGCUGCUGCAGCCAAGCAGAUGGGUCUGUUUGUAGACCUGGACCCUGAGGAGAUGAUGAUGGGUGUGGAGGGUAACGUUGACGACCCGGACUUGGAGGCUGAACUUGCUGCUAUUACUGGAAAUAAAGCUGUGGCUGGAGGAAGAGCUAAGCAGAAGGGGAAAAGCCCGCUGCCCAUGGAAGACAUCGCAAGAAUGGCUGACGAGUGUAUGAAAGAUGUUGAUGAUGAUGAGGAUGACAGUAACCUGGAAGACGAUGAAGAUCUACUGGCAGAGCUACAGGAAAUGGUGGGUGAGGAGGAAGCUGAUGAUGUUGUACCUGUUUCCUCCGCAUCCUCUGCCAAUUCAUCUCAAGCUGAAACACCAGAGUCACCGAUGACGCAGCAGCAGGAAGUAAAGGUUUCCUCAGCAGCUCCUGGCAGCCUCCAACACACCCUGGAGGAGAGAGUUAUCAUGUACAAGACCGCCUUGCAAAACGCCAAAACUGCAGGGGAGACCUCAAAAGUCAGGAGAUACGAUCGCGGCCUGAAGACUCUGGAGUCGAUGUUAGCAGGUGUUAAAAAAGGGAGACCCGUGAACGAGGCAGAGAUCCCUCCUCCUGUUGCCACUGGAGCCCCGAGUGCCGCCUCUCAGCCUGCUGCUCCCCAUCGACCUGCUCCCCCUGUACCCUCGCAUCCUGAACGCACACCUCCAGAUCAACAGGGGGAGUCAGAGGCCACGCCUGCUGUACCGCAGAUCGUCACUCCCAGCAGUGAAGAGGAGCAGUCGUCCUCUGCGACCUCACCCACUCUGAGUUCUGUCCCGUCUCCAGAGGAGCAGACAGAGGAACCUGCCGUCCAGCGUCAGACCAGUCCGACAGAUGCGAACGAGUCGACAAAGACGUUGCUUCUGGAGAGGCAGAAAGAAUACAAGAUGGCAGCUGUGAGAGCCAAGAAGCAGGGAGACGUGGAGCAAGCUCGGAUCUACUUCAAGACCAGCAAGAAGUUUGAUGCGGUGAUCGAGGCGUUGGAAUCAGGACAAGCAGUCGACCUGGGUGGACUUCCUCCAUCUCCACAGGAAGGAAGUUCUGCUCCAGUGAGGGAACCUCCCUCAAAACAAAACACCGAGGUCACCCAACUGGUUACAACAGCUCCAGCCGCCGCCCCCCCAUCAGCCCCUUCAGCUCCCAAAGACGCGCUGGAGGCUCUCGAGCAGAGACGAGCCAAGUAUGUGGAGGCGUCCAAUCAGGCCAAAGCCAGCGGAGACGACCGCAAGGCCCGGAUGCACGACCGGAUCGCCAAGCAAUACCAGAGCGCCAUCCGAGCUCACAAAGCAGGAAAAGCAGUCAACUUUGAGGAGCUGCCGGUUCCCCCUGGUUUCCCUCCGAUCCCGGGCCAGAAGGAGACCGGAGCGGAGCAGGGAUUCAUUGCUGCUCUGGAGGCAGCAGAUAAGCUUUCCUCCACUGAUAAUACCGAAAUAGCGAGUGAAGAAGAAGAUGAGGAGGAAGAGUCUAAGCCUGCAGUUCCAGAAGGGCCAAAGAAGCCCAUGUUAGACGUCCCCUCCGCAGGGCAAGGACGGAAAAGGACUCCAUCAGCUUCACCUGACAGAACAACCACCAGGGAAGGACUUUCACCAUCAGCGGGUCAGCAGCUGGAGUUUCUGGAGGGCAGGAAGAAGCAGUACAUGAAGGCGGCUCUGCAGGCAAAGCAGAAGAACGACAUGGAGCAGGCCAAGAUCUUCCUCCGCACCGCCAAGGGCUUCGAACCCAUGAUCGAGGCUGCACGCAGCGGCAAGGCUGUGGACAUCAGCGCGGUGCCGUCGCCCCCCGGUGACGAAGACGAGGACUUCAUCCUGGUUCAUCACAGCGAAGUGCAGAUCUCAGAGAAGGCAGAGCAGCUUUACACACAACUGGCAAAGAUCCUAAAAGAGCAGUACGAGAAAUGUAUGACUCACUCUAAGCAGUUCACACACCUGGGGAACGUCACCGAAACAACAAAGUUUGAGAAGAUGGCCGAGAGUUGUAAGAAGAGUCUGGAGGUCCUGAAGCUGGCUCAGUCCAAAGGUCUGCCUCCUCCUAAACAUCACUUUGAGGAGAGAUCGUUUCACACUGUCAGGAUAUUUCCAGACCUGAGCAGCACCGACCUGGUUGUUAUCAUCGUCAAAGGGAUGAAUCUUCCUGCUCCUAGUGGAAUUCAAACAAACGAUCUGGAUGCAUACGUGAAGUUUGACUUCCCUUACCCCAGCGCGGAGCAGCCGCAGAAACACAAAACAUCCGUCAUCAAGAACACUAACUCCCCAGAAUACAACCAGAGCUUCACCCUGUCAAUCAAUCGUAACCACCGCGGCUUCAGGAGGGUGGUGACAUCUAAAGGCCUGAAGCUGGAGCUGCUGCACAAAGGAGGUUUCUUGCGGAGCGACAAGCCGAUCGGGUCGGCCCUCGUAAAGCUGGAAAAACUGGAGACACAGAGUGAAAUCAGGGAGAUCGUAGAGGUGAUGGACGGUCGUAAAGCCACAGGCGGUCGUGUUGAAGUUAAGAUCCGACUGCGGGAGCCUCUGAGCGGACAGGACAUGCAGAAGAGCACCGAGCGCUGGCUGGUGAUCGACCAAUCACAGGUUCUCGUUUAGACGCUGCUGCAAUAUUAAAGAUGAUUCACAAGAGGAAGAUUAAAAGGCAGUCAAUCAGAAAACACUUGGAGGAGGACAGAGUUCGGGACGUGAGGAGGACGGUCUGUCUUUCACUCGACUCUGACCUACGCGGGUCUUUGACUUAAAACUUUUGCACAUUUGCAAGGCACGAGCGCUCCCUUUCACACUGCAGUCCACCGGGAGGAGACGUGGAGCUGGUUUAGGACGGCGUGACACCAGCUGAUGGACAAUUGCUCGUUGUCUCGAUCGAUGGUGAUUCACGCAGACUGAAUGCAGAUAUAAGCUUGUGACGCAUCAGGGCCGACUCCUUGAGCAUCACUCCUCCUCCUGGAGGACGACAGGCAGGGCGUCCUCUGCUAAGAGGCUCAGUGUCGAGCUAACCCGAUCCUGCUGCGCGUCAUGACUUAAGUUAAUAUAUCAAAGAAUGUGUACAUAUUCCUCAUACUAUUACAGCUCUGGUAUCUAGAACUGCACCUAUGCACUAAUACCAAAGUAAUCACUGUUGCUGUAAAAUCCUGCAUAUUUGAAAAAGCCUUUUAGCUGCCAAACCUGUUAUGAUGACACAAGAGUUUAAAGUGCGACGGGACUGUUUUUACUAUUUUUUUUUUCCCCCCCCACACAUUUCAUCAGAUUUUUCAGUGGGAGAAAGGGCAGUUACUGAAACUGUUUUAUGUUUUAAAGGAGAAAGCCAAGAAAUUAUGAUGCUAUGAAAUAGAAUUAAUUUGAAGAGCACACUCCUCUGACUGUGGUCACUAAACUGCACUCUUACUAAUCUUUGUCUUUAGCUAAUUAAAAUGUAUAAUUGUCUUGUUUACAUGUAAUAAGACAAAUCUGUGCAGAAUCACAACUGCUCUGAGUUUAGCUCCUCUUUAAUUGUUAAUGUCUAAAAAGCAAUUUUAUCUGAAGGAAGACAUCCAUCAAACACAGAUGAUAAGAUGGUAAUAAUACUUUUUAAGUAAACAUGAUUGGAUGAAUAAACUAGUAUCCCAUACAUAUUUAACUAAAAGGAAU